CAGGGACACACCAUGAUCAAGACUCUGCUGCUAUCUGCCUUGGUGGCUGGAGCUCUCAGCUGCGGGUUCCCCACCUAUGAGGUCCAGGACCAUGUGAGCAGGGUAGUUGGGGGAGAAGAGGCCACACCCAACAGCUGGCCCUGGCAGGUCUCCCUGCAGUACCGAACCUCGGCGUCCAAGUGGUUCCACACCUGCGGAGGCACCCUGGUGGCCAACAACUGGGUUCUGACAGCUGCCCAUUGCAUCAGCAACAGCAGGACCUACCGAGUGGUUUUGGGUCGACACAGCCUCUCCACCUCAGAAUCCGGUUCAGUGGCUGUCCAGGUCACCAAGCUUGUGGUCCACGAGAAAUGGAACUCAAAUAAGGUCGCCAAUGGGUAUGACAUUGCCCUCGUCAAACUGGCCAACCCGGUGUCCCUGAGCAGCAAGAUCCAGACAGCUUGCCUCCCACCUGCUGGCACCAUUCUGGCCAAUAACUACCCCUGUUAUGUCACAGGCUGGGGACGGCUGCAGACCAACGGGGCCAGCCCUGAUGUCCUGCAGCAGGGCCGCCUGCUGGUUGUGGACUAUGCCACCUGCUCCAAAUCCACCUGGUGGGGAAGCACCGUGAAGACAAGCAUGGUGUGCGCCGGUGGUGAUGGUGUGACCUCCAGCUGCAAUGGGGACUCCGGUGGACCACUGAAUUGUCAGGCAUCUAACGGCCGGUGGCAGGUGCAUGGCAUCGUGAGCUUUGGCUCCAGUCUGGGCUGCAAUUAUCCUCGCAAGCCAUCUGUCUUCACCAGGGUCUCCAACUUCAUUGACUGGAUCAACACGGUAAGAACCACCAUCCCCAAGCCCAGUCUGCCAUGAGGCCAGUAGGGGUGC